CAUUGAUAAACGCCAGUGGAGACCCGGAAUUUUCUGUUUUCCAUAUAUGGGAGGGUUUUAUCUCUGCUAUCCAUCAGCCUGUGUAAACUCAGUUGCUCAGUCGGUGGUGUGAGUGAUGUGCAACAGAUCAAUGAUGAGAAUUGUGUCUCUGUUGAGUCUCCUCUGGUCUCUGGUGGAGGUCCACUCUCAGACCUUUCCCCGUCUCUCCUUCAUGGGCCAGACUCUGGCCAACAAUUCCUAUGUGGACAUCAGUCAAGUUGGGAAUGAUCUCAGUGGUAGUGACAGUGUUCAGUGUCAUACUGACCUGAGCACAUGUUGUAGUGGUACUCAGGGUAUCCAUCGUGGAGACUGGUAUUUCCCUGAUGGAACUAGACUGCCUUUCCUGUCUAAUGUUGAUAUCUAUGAGUUUCGUGAUGCUCAGAGAGUUGACAUACGUCGUAACACUAAUGCUAACUCACCAACUGGUAUCUAUCGCUGUGAUAUUCCAACUAAUGCUGUCCAUGAUGAUACUGACAUCUCAGUGAGAGACACACCAGUCUAUGUGGGACUGUAUACUGCCAGUGGAGGAGACAUCUCAAUAUCUGGAGGAGUGACAUUUGACUCCGACCAGCUGACCCUCACCUGUAUCUCCACUGGUGGACCUGCUACCACUGUCACUUGGACCAGAGACUCCACCACUGUCACCCAAGGAACCCAGACUGUGUUGAAUGACCCAGUGACUGCACAGUACACCCACACUCUGACUGUGACUACUGCAGGACAGUACACUUGUACUGUGGCUAAUAACAAGCCAUCUUCUGCCUCUGCUACCAUCACUGUGACAGGACCUGAGGCUCCCACUGGUGUGACAGCAGUCCAGGAUGGUCCCACUAGUAUCCUAGUGUCUUGGAGUCCAUCCAGUGAUGCCACUGGCUACACCAUCUCCUACACUGGAGGAGCAGCAGUGGUAGUGAGACUGUCAGUGGUGGAGAUACCAACAGCUACACUCUGACUGGUCUCACCAAUGGACAGACCUACACCAUAUCCAUUGUAGCCACAUCCAACAACCUUGCUAGUGACACUGUGACAGCAAUGGCUGUUGGGUUAGUUCCUGGUCAGCCAACUGCCAGUCUUGACUCCACAACAGCCACUACCAUCUCCCUCUCCUGGAGUGUUCCCAGUGGCUCAGUGGUGACUGAAUACCUUAUAGAAUGGACUAGAGACACUUCAGUAGGCUGUUCUGAUGAGGACACAGGCAGUACCACUAUCACUGCUACCAGCCAUACUAUACCUGAUCUAGAGGAGGACAGUAGGUACACCAUCACUGUGACAGCCUCUAAUGGAGCUGGUAGUGGUCCUGUCAGUAACACAGUGACUGCAAUGACUGGGGAGGCAGCUCCAUCUGCCCCUCCCUCUGAUGUGACUGUAACUGAUGUGACCUCUUCCACCAUCACUGUCCAGUGGGGAGAGGUGCCAUGUAUCCAUCAGAAUGGAGCCAUCACAGGCUACUCAGUCCAGUAUGGAGUAAUGGGAAGUGGGAACACACAGACUGUGACUGUUAAUGGAGCUACUGAGAUGGAAGCUACUAUACCAAGUCUAAAUCCAUCUACAACAUAUACUGUGCAAGUGGCAGCAGUGAAUAGUGUUGAUACUGGAGUCUUUAGCGACAGUCAAUCUGCUAUGACACUGGUUGCUGUCCCAGUUCUGACAGUAGACUCCACAACAGCCACCUCCAUCUCCCUCUCCUGGACCAGUGCUGGCUCAGAGGGAGUCAUGUAUGAGGUGGAGUGGCAGAGAGACACCUCAGUAGGCUGUACUGAUGAGGACACAGGCAGUACCACUAUCACUGGAGGUUCCAUGACUAGCUACAAUAUCACUGGACUAGAGGAAGACAGUAGGUACAUUGUAAAUAUGACAGCUUACAAUUCUCUUGGAAAUGAAAGAAGUGAGCCAGUCACUGCAAUGACAAUGAUUGCUGGUGAGUGUGGCUGACUCUGACAACAUGUUAAUGUGAAUGUGUUCUUUCAUCAGCUCCAUCUGCCCCUCCGUCUCCUGUGAAUGCAAUGGUGGAGAGCUCAACUAGUAUCACUGUCCAGUGGGGGAGUGUACCAUGUAUCCAUCAGAAUGGAGCCAUCACAGGAUACUCAGUCCAGUAUGGAGUGGAGGGGAGUGGGAGCACACAGAUGUUGGCUGUUAAUGGAGCUGAUAUGACUCAGACGACUAUUGAAAACCUCAUGUCAUCCACUACUUACUCUAUUGAAGUAGCAGCAGUCAACAAUGCUGGUAUUGGAGAGUACAGUGAUCCCAGAAAUCAACUGACACGAGUUGAGGCUCCAGUUGUGACGGUGGUUGAGUCUUCAGUGACAGCUACCAGUAUACCAGUAACCUGGAGCAGUGGUGGCUCAGAGGGAGUCAGUUAUGUGGUGGAGUGGGAAUAUGGUGGAGGGUGUCCUGGUAUCAGUGGAGGCAGUCAGAACAUUGGUGUUGGUGGGAGCAGAGAGUACACUAUAGAGGGUCUGGAGGAAUACAUCACAUACUCCAUUACUGUCAGAGCUAGCAAUUCUCUGGGUAGUGUUGAUAGUACUGCAGUUAAUGGAAGAACUAGUGAAGCAAGACCGUCUGCUUCUCCAAUUGACGUGACUGCUGAUGGUGCAUCAACCACCAUCACUGUCCAGUGGGGGAGUGUACCAUGUAUCCAUCAGAAUGGAGCCAUCACAGGCUACUCAGUCCAGUAUGGGGUGGAGGGGAGUGGGAACACACAGACCCUAAUAUACACUGGAAAUGGAGCUGAAAUAUCUGGACUGGUAACCUCUACAAACUACACUGUCCAAGUGGCUGCCAUAACUUCAGCUGGUGUUGGAGAAUACAGUGACCCACCACUCAUUGUCAACACUGAGACUGCAAUCACUUUGACCAUAGUUGCUGCUACCACUAAUUCCAUAUUGAUCCAAUGGGAUGUGAUUGAGGAAGCACAGGGAUCAAUAAUGCCAUCAGGAUACAACAUCUCCUACAGAAACACUGAAUACACUGACUGUUUCACAAAAUCCAACACCAUCUCUAUUCCUACUGAUUCUCUUGGAGGAAACUAACAUAUUGAGGUCUUGAGGAGGGAACAGACUAUUCAAUCACUGUAGCUCUCCUGAUGGAUGGUGCUGUUACUGAUAGGAACACUGUCCUACAGGCUACUGCAGAAGCAGCUCCGUCUGCCCCUCCGUCUGAGGUGAUGGUGGCCAGUGUGACCUCUUCCACCAUCACUGUGGUGUGGGGAGAGGUGCCUUGUGCUGAUCAGAAUGGAGACAUCACAGGCUACUCAGUCCAGUAUGGAGUGAUGGGGAGUGGGAGCACAGAGUCUAUGGCUGUUGAUGGAGACUCCAGUGGAGGAAUGGCCACAAUCUCUGGACUGGAAGCAGCUACAAUGUAUGAGUAUCAAGUAGCAGGAAGAACUAGUGUUGGACCUGGGGAAUACAGUAGUCCAAUGACCACACUAACAUCAGAAGGAGUGAAAAAGAAGAAACACCUGCUCGUAGAGGUUGAUGAGGGUCUUGUCCGGUAACUUCAGCGACUGUACAACCUAUAAUUAUACACACACAAAGAUGUACAUAGAUAAAAUCAACACCCGAGUACUCGUGUGUAGCUACCUGUAGUACAGUGUCCCAGUGUCCGUGCGGUGCGCAUGCGUAUAUUAGACGCGGUAUGCUGGCUCACCCCGACCUGAUCCGCUUGCUCUGUGUAUCUUGAAGGCACAAUAAGUCACAACGAAGGCCGUGUAUCGACUCACGCAUGCUAUCUACUACUGUAGCUAGCCCGUGUCAGACUCUCCGCGAGCUACUAGCGGGAGACCACGAGUAAACGCAUACUAAAUAGUCCAGCCCGUCAAUUAGCGGUACCACGCAUGCGAAGUUCGCCGAGGGUUUUCACUUUAGUGCUUUUCAUUUUUCGUGCAAUUCCACUUGCAAUGUACCGCUGCCGAUGCUGCAUCUGUAUACUCAGUGAAUACACCGUGUGUUCAUUUUAGUGAGAGCUCCAAAUGUGACGGAGCCUUCAAUAGGUCCAUUCUCAAUCUCUAUCUCCUGGACCAGCUCUGGUCCGGUGGUGGAGAGAUAUGAGGUGGAGUGGCAGAGAGACACCUCAGGAGAAUGUCCUGGUGAACACGUGGGCAGUGCCACUGUGUCUGGAGGCUCAGAGAGAAGCUAUGACAUCACCGGCCUGUUUGGUGAUAGCAGCUACAGCAUCAGAGUCAAUGCAAUGAAUGCUGCUGGGUCUGCAAUCAGUGACCCGCUAGUGCUAUCCACUGCUGAAGCAGAUCCCACAGCUCCACCUGCUAGUCUAUCCUCAUCCAGUGUCACUCCAAACAGCUUCAGUAUUCAGUGGGGGAGGGUGCCUUGUAUCCACCGUAAUGGAGACAUCACAGGCUACUCUAUACUGGUACAGGGGAAUGGGAGCAUGCAGAUGAUAGAUGUCAGUGACCCUGAUGUUCUAACAACUGAUAUCUCUGGACUGGUGUCUGACACGAUGUAUCUGGUGCAAGUUGCAGGAGUCAAUGGGCAGGGGAACUGGGGUGUAUCGAGAUCUCACUGUUACCACACCUCAAACUGUAUACCUCAACUUUGGUGGGAUGAACCUCCCCACGAAUGGUUUGGUGAACAUCAGUCAACUGGGCAACUCCACUGAUACCGGGUUGGUCUGCAGCACUGACCAAUCCGGGGAUGGGACACCCGCAGGUGGAUGGUUUAACCCCGAUGGAACCAUGCUAAGCUCCAGCAGCUCUGAGGGGUUCUUUGUCAGUGAUGGCUCUGACGGGGUGUACCUGUUGAGAGGCUCAGGGAUACCAGUGGAGGGAAUCUAUACCUGCAGUGCCACCGACAGUUCUGGGAACUCUCGAACUGUCUUUGUCGGUAUCUACAAUCAGCAGGGAGGUGAGGUGGUGAUUGAUGGGGAGAUAGGGUUCACACUGGUCUCAGAGCUAACUGCAGAGGAGCCUCAGUUUACCCUGUCCUGUAACUCCACCAAUGGACCUGCUACAUCUGUCAUUUGGACCAGAGAUUCUGACACAGUUGGCGAAGGAACAACUGUGUUGAAUGACGCAGUGGCUGCCCACUACACCCACACUCUGACUGUGACUGGGAGACUGGGUGGAGUCUACGUCUGCACCGUUUCUAACAGCAUUUCAACUACUGCCAGUAGAGGGCAAAACAUAGAAGUUGCGAGUGCCCCUACUAAUUUGAUGUUGAUUCAAACGGAUGCUACAACUAUCAGAGUGACCUGGACUCCUCCAUCUCCACUGGGAAAUACCAUUGGCUACACUGUAUUCUACUCCAGUACAGGGUCAAAUGAGGCACCAGUUGUCCGCGAGGCCAGCACCAAUGAGGUGGAGUUGAUGAACCUGGCAGAGGGAGGGAGCUACUCUAUAUCCCUGGUGGCCAGGUCCCAACAUCUCCCCAGUUCAACACUCACUGACACACUGGACUUAGUCAGAGUUCCCAGGGACCUGGAGCUGAGUGUGGCAGACACCACAGGCACCUCUAUCACAGUGUCUUGGACUGUAGCUGGAGGCCAGGUGGAGAGCUACGACAUAGUCUGGGGAACUGGGCUGAGUACAGAAGUGUCUGGUGAAGAGGAGAGCUAUACUAUUGAGGGUCUGGAGGAAGGAGAGAGCUAUACCAUCACUAUAACUGCCAGCAAUGCUGCCGGGAGCACUUCAGACGACAUCACUGCAUCCACAACUCCAGCGGAGGCUUCCAGUCUGGCAGUGGCGGCAGGGGCAGCUGGGGGAGGAGCUGCAGUGGCCGUAGUCCUAGUUGUCGUCGUCUUCAUCAUCUUCUGUGUCCUGUGCUGCAGGAGGCGAACAAAGCAAAAGUACGACCCACGCAAUUUGGAUGGGACGAUGUUUAAAAACCACUCGCUGCCAACGUCCUACUCACAAGGCACAGUUGAAGUUCUGUCAAAGUCGACAGAGGCAGACGACGUGGAACUUGUCUCCAACAGAAACGGAGUCGAAGAGACUGCCAUCUACGACAAUCUCAUUGUUCCAAAGAUAGAGGAGUUCCCAGAAGAGUUAGAGGUGAUGGAGGGAGAGAGAGUCGCAUUUGGUGUCAGAGUGACGGGAACCCCAGAUCCCAAGUUGAUCUGGUACCACAACGGAGUAGAGGUGGUGCCGGAUUACUCCAGGGAGCUGGCGGAGGACGGGACUCUGUCAAUGCCUUCUGCUGAGACCAAACACAGUGGAGUGUACCAGCUGGUGGCCCAUAACCCAGGAGGCAGGGCAGAGAGAGAGGUGAGGCUCACUGUCAGGGAGGAAGAAGAGGAGAAAAAGGGAGUCAGCGCAGCACCUGAGCUCAUUCCCAGCACUGGUCUACCAGUGACUCUGUUUGGUAACUUUGUGGAGCAAUGCCACUCCAACCAGAACCAAGCCUUCCAAGACCAAUACCAGGGUCUGUACAAUGGAGACGACAAGUCAACAACUAUUGCCAUCAACCCGGACAACAAACCCAAGAACCGUUUCCUAAACAUCUGUGUCUAUGAUGACCAUCGCGUGACGCUGAGACCACUGGAGGGACACAAGGACUGUCAGACCGACUACAUCAAUGGCAGCUAUGUUGACGGAUACUCCCAGCCAGGCAAAUUCCUCGCCACACAAGGACCUCUGCCUGUCACGGUCGUUGACUUCUGGAGGCUGGUCUGGCAGGAGAGGGCCCCUACCAUUGUCAUGAUAACGAACCUGGUGGAGGGGACCAAGAUAAAGUGCCAUCAGUACUGGCCUGACAAGGACUCUGCUAGAUUCGGUCCGUUUGAGGUGUCACUCAUUGACCAGCAGACUCUAGCUGACUACACGGUCCGCACCCUCAUUGUCCAGCUGGUGGGCAGUUCCCGGAGUUCACUUCGAGUCACUCACUUCCACUUCACAGCCUGGCCUGACCACGGAGUGCCCGACUAUGCCACACCCAUCCUGACCUUCCACAAGAGGGUGGUGAAGGAACACCCGACUGGCAAGGGACCUAUCAUGGUCCACUGCAGUGCUGGAGUGGGUAGGACAGGGACAUUCAUCACCAUAGACCAUGUUCUGGAGCAGGUGGGCAAGGAGAAUGUGGUGGACAUUCCUGGAGUCAUCAACAAGAUCCGCCACCAGAGGAUGAAGCUGGUCCAGACUGUGGACCAGUACAUCUUUAUCCACGAUGCCAUCUUGGAGUCUGUGACGUGUGGAGACACCCAGAUUGCCUCCAGCGACCUGCGACGGGCCAUUCAACAGAUGGCAGACAAGGGAUUCGCCCACCAGUUCGCCGUGCUGGAGCAGGUGAGUCCAAGACCCGACGAGGUCACUGCCAAGUUUGCUGCCAGAAACCCUGACAGAAAUCGCUCACAGGAAUUCCUGCCAGCUGACAAGUGGAGAGUGGCUCUGAGAGGAGACCAUCCUGACUACAUCAAUGCCGUUUUCAUCAACGGCUACAAGCAGCAGAGAGCCUUCAUCAUAGCUCAGAGUCCCAUGCAGUCCACUGCCAGAGAUUUCUGGAAGAUGGUCUAUGACAGGAAGUGUGGAGUGUUGGUGAUGCUGUGUGACCUGGUGGAGAGUGGGAAGGAGACAUGCUACCAGUACUGGCCUUCCAGUGGCUCCCUCACAUUUGGAGAGUUCAAAGUUGAUCUUCUGGGAGAAGAGUUGAUGGACAACUCUGUUCUCAAGACCCUCUCUGUCACUCACACUGAGACAGGGAAGUCCCACCAGGUGAGUCAGUUCCACAUCACCAACUGGGCCCCAGACGGCAGCUGUGGGAAGCUGAACAGCGUGAGCAGUGUGGUGGAGGAGAUGACAAAGAUACAGAGGAGAACUGGGAACCACACCAUCACUGUCCACUGCAGUGAUACAGUGAGCAGGUCGGGGAUGUUCUGUGCCAUAGCCACCACCAUUGAGAGGUGUAAGACAGAGGGAGUGGUGGAUGUGUUCCAGGUGGUCAAGGCUCUCCGUGUACAGAAACCUGGAGCUGUGCGCACUGUGAUGCAGUACAAGACUAUAUUUGAAGCAGUUUUGGUAUUUCUGGACUCCUUUGACACUUACGCUAACUUUUAGUAGUCAUAACGCAACACCAUUACGUCAUGUCAGUUAUUUUUAGCCGG